UUCAAACGAGGAAAGUUCUCUGCUUUGUAAAUAAAAUAUUUUUUGUUAUUUGUUUGUUUUUGUAAACAAAAACAUAACGAUUUAUAGAGAGCUGUCAAAUAAAAAGAAGAAAAACAAGUGAACAAAUUUAUUUUUUAAUGUGAAUUUGUGUUUUGUGAUAAUUAUAUUAUUUAUACGGAAAGAAAAAUGAAUUUAUCAUUCGCUGGAUGCGGAUUUUUGGGUAUCUAUCAUGUGGGUGUUGCUUGCUGUUUUCGACAAUAUGCUCCACAAUUAUUAUUGGAUAAAAUAUCAGGCGCAUCUGCUGGAGCUUUAGCAGCAUGUUGCCUGUUAUGUGACUUACCGUUAGGUAAGGCUUUAACAAUAUGUGACAUGACCAGUGAUGUACUAAGGAUAGCUUGUGAAGCGCGCACAUCUGUACUGGGACCUUUUCGUCCAUCAUUCAACAUUCAAAAUGCUUUAUUAGAAGGAAUUGAUGCUAUUCUUCCCGACGAUGCGCAUAUUCGAGUUUCUGGUAAAUUACAUAUAUCGUUAACACGUGUCUACGAUGGUAAAAAUGUCAUUGUCUCACAAUUUGAUUCACGAGAAGAUCUUAUGCAAGCAUUAUUGGCAUCUGCAUUUGUACCUGUAUUUUCUGGCUUAAUUCCACCAAAAUUUAAAGGAGUCCGAUACAUGGAUGGUGGUUUCAGUGAUAACUUACCAACAUUGGAUGAAAAUACAAUUACAGUGAGUCCAUUUUGUGGCGAAAGUGAUAUUUGUCCAAGAGAUGAUAGUUCACAAUUAUUUCAUAUAAAUGUAGCCAAUACUAGUAUUGAACUCUCAAAACAAAAUAUCUACCGUUUUGCAAGAAUAUUAUUUCCACCACGUCCCGAAGUUUUAUCAAAUAUGUGCAAGCAAGGUUUUGAUGAUGCUUUACGAUUUUUACAUCGUAAUAAUUUAAUAAGUUGUACAAGAUGUUUAUCCAUUCAAUCGACAUUCGUCGUCUCCGAAACAUUAGAUGAAAGCUAUGAAUAUGAUCCACAAUGCAAAGAAUGUAAAUUACACCGACAACAAGCUUUAUUAGGAAAUAUGCCAGACACAGUUUUAAGUAUAUUUCAAGAUGCGAUUGAAUCGGCAAAUAAAGGAUUGGUUAAUUGGGUAUUCAGACAUCGUGGAAUGAAGAUUUUAUCCGUAUUGACAUUACCCUAUACAUUACCUGUAGAUAUCGCUUAUGCCACAUAUUCCAAACUGACAUCUAAUCGCAAGGCAUAUGUAUCACAAUUAACUGAAACUAGUUUUACCAAUAUUAUUGGCAAUGCAUUUGAAACUCGUUCAUUUCAGUUUCGUACUGUGGGUAGUGUUUCAAUUCAAUGCGAGAAAAAAAGACAUAUCAAUCAAUAUUUAGCCCAUGAAAAACAAAGAUUAGUGACAGCCGCCCCCAAAAUGAAAACAAAUGUAUGGGAUAUUAGUAGUUACAUUUUAGAACAACUUGCCGCCAUAAUGAAUCGUAAUUCUUAUCGACAUGAAAAACAUAAUUCUAAAAUUAAUUGCAAAUUAGCGAUUACCCAAUACAAUGGAAAUACUGGUGAAAAUAUUCCAGAUUUACAGAAUAAAGUGAAUUUGGACUUUACAGUGAAUCUAGAUAAUAAUGAUUUUUGUCAAAGUCCAAUCAAUAAAGUAUUAUCACGUAGUCCAAGUGUGGUCAUGAAUAAAGUGGAAAUUGGUGAAGAUGAUACGUUUGAUACGAUCUUACAAGUUACAGCACAACAUGAAGCUAUUAUGGCGUACUAUUAUACUGACGAAAAUAAUAAAGUUAAUUGGACUGAAAUCUAUGAUAUGACAAAUGCGGAAUGCGAAGCAUUGCAUUCAGAGCAUGAAAAAGAAUUAAAUACACAAUUAGAAUACGAUGAUGACUGGAAUGAUAACGCAACGUGGAUGUCACAAAAUGCUAUCGAUGACAAAGAAUACUAUUAUGAAGAUGAUAAUAGUUUAGCGGGUGUGUCUGAUAUUUCGUUAGAAGAAAUAAUUGAACGUGAAUCAGCAAAUAUAUUCUCUGAUCCAGAAAGUGAAUGGAAUGCAUCGUCAUCAGUGAAAGUAACAAUUCCAGAAGAUAUUAAUUUACCAGAUUUACGACCAGAAUCCGAUCAACCAUCAGUUUUAUCAACGACCACAAGUACUUCACAUUAUAAAUCAUGUUUUACUGAUAUUUAAAAACAUUUUUCAUGUAUGUAGAUAAAAAUUUUGAAAAGACUUAACUAGAAAAAAAAAUGCAUUUCUUAAAUAAAUAGCCCAUCAUCCGAUCAUCUGAUCGAUACGAUGUUAGAAAAUUAUUUAAACUAAUUUAUCGUACAACUAUUUGAUUCGUAAGGGCGUCAGUAGAGCUCUACGGAAAUGCGG